AGGAGCAAGAUAGAAAACCCAGCCUGAUGGACAAUUCCUCCUUCAACAGCUUCACCCUGCAGAUAGAAGGGAUCAAAGUCACACCAGCUUCCAUGUAUCCACUCUUCUUCCUCUUCCUCUUCCUCUACCUGUUUAUAUUGACUUCUAAUCUGGGUAUUAUAACUCUGAUUCUGGUUGAUAAAAGACUCCAUCAGCCUAUGUACCUGCUUUUCUGUAACCUUCCAGUUAACGAUAUUAUUGGUAACUGCUACAUGGUUCCCCGUCUGAUGUCAGACAUCUUAUUGCCUCAGUCUGAGCGCCUAAUCAGCUAUUAUGAGUGUGUGGUCCAGGCUUUCUUCUCACAUAUUUUUGGCACCUCCGCCCAUACAGUGCUGAUGAUCAUGGCCUUUGACAGGUACAUGGCCAUCUGUAACCCUCUGCGUUACUCUGCCAUCAUGACCAAAAGAAUGGUGCUGAAGCUAACCGCCUCAGCCUGGGGGACAGCCUUUGUUCUGGUUGGGAUUCUGCUGGGUCUGACUAUAAGGCUGAACCGAUGCAGAACUUUAAUCGUUAAUCCAUACUGUGACAACGCCUCCUUGUUUAAGCUCUCCUGUGAGAGUGUGGUAAUCAAUAACAUCUAUGGCCUGACCUUUACGGUGGUCCUUCUGACCUCCUCCAUAGGCAGCAUUGUCCUCACUUACACCAAGAUCACCUUGGUGUGUCUGACCAGCAGGAACCGGUCUCUGAACAGGAAGGCCCUGAAGACCUGCAGCACCCACUUGUCUGUCUAUAUGAUCAUGUUUAUCUGUGGGAAGGUCAACAUCCUGUUGCAUCGGUUUCCCCAGUACCUCCACUACAGGAAUAUUUCUGCUAUCAUGUUCCACAUUGUUCCCAGCAGCCUGAACCCCAUCAUUUAUGGAACACAGUCUAACGAGAUCAGACAAUUCCUGUCAAAGCUGGUCCGGUCCAGGAAGAUUCUGUCUUCCCAAUAAUGGAUAUCUGAAAAGAACACAUGUCAAACUCUUGGUUCUGUUUCCAACAUUUACUCUAUCGACCAAAAAUAAGUUUUUUGGGGGGCAUCUUAUACAGA